AUGUCCCACGAGGCCGACCUGUGCUCAGGAUGUUCGGUGGCAGCGGCCACUCAGUUGACUUCAAAGAUGAUCGCUCCAGUCUUUAUGCUGGUGCGUUACACCUGCCGAUCUUGAUCUUUGCACCCCCCGGUCUCACUGUCGAUUUGGAAGUUCUCUAGAGUUGUCUUUAAGGUGUCCUUUUAGCGACGUCCCUAUUCGCCUUGUCAGCGAGCGCCAGUAACAAUAUCGUCGUGGUAUAGCUGCUUGAGGUAGUGUGAUCUAGUGGUUACGAGACGACCGGUUAUGUCCUGCACCAGGCAGAACUGCUGUCUCAAGACGUUGUUCUUGAUAGCGAAGGCAACCCCCGCUUUCUGACACUGCGUCUUUGGAUGCCCGCUCCCAAAAGAAUGUACACCAAGCAACCCACUUCCCCCAUUUCUCCUUGUCGGAAGAAGUGCGUUUCGUCGAAGGCGGCAGUUUCCACCAUUCAGCGAGCCACAACUGUCCUCCGAUCGGCUGGUCAUCGUAUUGUUCAAACGGGAACGAACAUUCCUGCGGAUAUUCACUGAUGGAGCCAGGGCGAGUCCAAGGCAGAAGCUAUUUAGGGCCUAUUCUUGUCUUAUUCCGCCAGCACGUGAGAUCGGAGACGUGACAUGCCUGUGCACAUUACACGGAUUGUUCACAAAUUAGGUCAAACCGAUCGUCCACCCUCACGACCAAACCAAGUUUCGUCAUUACUUCACCUUGGCCAGUCUCGUUCGGGGGGUCGAUAUGGUGUUUAUUCAUAGGACUCUGUGUGCAUCCAUACGUUUGACUCUCUGGAGCUGGCGUGUUCGGAGGAGGUGAUAGAGGUCAAGAACAGGCAACCAUCUGUCAGGUCGCAGAGCGGACGAACUAUUAAUAGAGCUGCCGAGGGCGUAUUUUGUGUUUCAGGCCACGAGCGUUGUCGAGGAAUGUAACUAGCGGAAGAAGAUGUGAAUAAACCUGGAUUCGUUGCUGUAUCAGUCUUUAGGCAUCUUUUUCAGUCUACCCAAACUACAAUACAGAGGUGAACCAGUCCAGCUGACAAUUGCUCCUUCACUUGGAGCUAGCCGUAUUAGUCGAACGAGUCGGCACUUCCACGACAGAAGCAAAGAGGCGAGUUUCAGGACGCAUUUCAGACGAAGAAGAAGGCUAUUGGUCCGGCGUUUCGGAUCGUCACUCGAUCCCAUCGUCAGGAACAGGCGCAGAAAAGGAUAAAAAAGGCACACUUAGCGCAGUAUUUUUAGGACAAAGUUGACCGACAACGGCAUGCCUACGCUAGUUAGCAGCACUGGCGUUCAUCGCCAGGGUGUCGCAUUUAAUGUGGUGAUUGUUUUUUGGUCCGUACUUGAGUCGUUAAUUGCCAUGAUCCCUUCCCCUUUGUUGAUUCUUGGUGUGGCGAUUACCGGACGAUUUAGCUUGCUGCCACCGGAAUCGUUGGUCGCCCUCCCCGCGCGGUUAGUAAUUUUGCCUAGGCAAAACCACAGUGCAGAAUAUGAAGGUGGGAGGUCAUUGUGCUCGUUAGCUGACUGCGGGCCAGAGGACCAAGACUCAACCAGCUUGCAACUCACGCGGUUGUCUUCUCUUACGAGGAUUUCGGUCUUGUAAAACUGGCAGGUGUGGCCGGAUCCCGUUGAAUGAGCCGCGAUCUGGGAGCUAGCGCCAUUUCUCCUCAUUGCCGCUGCAUGUUCGGCUAUUCGCGUUUAGAAUGAUCCCCCAGUUUUUCCGACGUAGCUACUUUGUCCGCAACUGCAUCAGACCCAGUAAACGACUCCAGACGUUUCCUGCCGUGGCAGAAGGCCUUUCGGCUUCAUGAUCUGGUGCCUGAUGGCUGACUCUGAGUCAUCUUCACGCCAAGAAUCAGCGAUGGUGAUGAAAUCACGGCAGUUAACGACUCGUUUGCGGACCGGCAAACAAUCAUCACACUAAAUACGACACUCCAGCGAUAAGCGUGAGUGCUAGCAAUUAUUUUAGGCCCGUGAUCACCUGGUCAAUGCGUUACUUCUGCCUCCACUACUUUUUCCUGUUAUUGUCUCUGAUGACGAGUUCGAGUGAGAAUCCGAAGCGUCAGGCCAAUAAACCUCUUGUUCCAACGAUUGCGUCUUCCCCUUCGUAGUCGGCUCCUAUUGAACAGAAUACGGGAGCAUAUGUCAGCGUAUCUCGGAGAGGGUAAAUCUAGAGCGGUUAACGGCUAAUCCCUUGCGAGCAUGGACACGGUACAAUAAGCACUCGAUCAAAUACGCAGCAUUCUGUAAGUUCACACUUGUUGUGAUCUCUCCUCGGUCGUCACAGGCAUAAUAGAGAAAGGCUGGCACAAGUUUGUGAGGAAAUCUGAACGAUCUUCAUUGUCUGGGGAUUAUGAACAUGCUUAACAAAACGCAUUCAAUCAACUUGUCAACAGCCAAUAGUCAUCAGUAGGCUGUUUUCGGCCGACAUGAUCAGGUAACACGAUCAGGUAAGAAGCUUUUAUCCAAAUGACCAAUGCUACUUUGCAAAGAAACUAGAAAUGUUACAUUAAGAACGUAUGUUACGCACAAUCUUGAAAAGCUCCCCUGUAAAAGAACCAGGAAGUCCGACAUUGCCGUCCUUUAGGCGGCAAUGUCCCGUCAACAGGUCAUGAUAACAAAUAGGAUUCGGGAACAUUGCAGCAUUCACCAUCAGUUAGGAUCUGGCAACAAUCGGGUGAAGCACCCCAAACACGCACACGACCAGCCAAAGGUACCUGUCUUACGGGAAAGGCGAUAAUAGGAGUGUUACGUGCGGGGCCUAUGUAUGCCUAGAGGCAUGGCAAAAUAAGUACAGGAAAUGAACAUUCAUUCAUAAAACACUCGCCCCACGAACGGAAACUCCAUUAUUUGAGGUGAUGGGAUAAGUGAGCUACGCUGUGCUCGAAUUUCUGUGUUACCCAAACACAAAAUCGUCCAUCCUGGCGUCGAUCCCAUUGGCAUCACUUCGCGACCUGUAUGAUCCAUCCACACCUUCCUGUGUUCCUCACUCAAAUAUACAACCUGGGGGGUGCUUUGAUCACAGGCCCUUUUCGUUCAAUUGACGUCUCAGUUUGCCUGAGGAUACCGGAGAUCAGAUACGUCUGUGUAGUAUAGACCCAAAUGCAAACGAAUUUGUCUUCUACGCACUGUGCUAAACGGCUUCUGUUCCCCGCGUAUUAUUUGGUUUUUUUGGGGACGCUCACUUUCAGGAGCCUGUUUACAAUUCCACCAGUCGAAUACCACCUUAUCAACCUCAAAACACUAUUUCUGUCCACAGCCAUUGCCUUUUUAAUCUGACCUCUGCGUCUCCCAACACGCCACAUGUUGCCUGAUGACUUGCUGAGCCAGCAAGCUUUUGACUGAACGACUGGACGUUGCGGCUAUCACACCAAGCUCCCCCCCCCAAGCACGAUCGAUAAUGACAUGCCCGAUGGGCCGCGUCAAGACUGGAUGGUGGACCUGCUGUGCGAGUGGGUUUACUCAGUGGUCUAUCGACAUUAGAUAUUGAGCACGUAUGUGUAUGAGGGAAGGGGGAUGUUUUGACUCAACAUGCGUGGCUUAGUCUGUUCCUCAGACUUCUGCUUCGGUUUGCGUUGAUCUUGCCGAAUGAAGGUUUGCAGACGACCAGAGUUAGGAGGUCAAAGCAUCGAGUGACAUUAGUUGUGUCUGUAAGAUGUUUGAGAUACCAUCUCGACUUGUUUUUACUAGAAGGCAUGGGUGGACAUGUAGUCUCGUAAUACUUCCUGAAGCGCAUAGGAAGACUGGAUAAUCUCUGUUGUUUCUUUUUGACAACACUCUUGAGCACUGAUGGGAAUUGGAAAUGAAUAACGGUUGCAUUGAAUCGUUUUCUCUUUUUGAUAUGUCAUGGGGCCAGAACGCUGAUUGGUAUUUUCAGUGCCAUAAAUAAGCACUCUAGGUGUGCUUCGAUUUGUUGCUUUUCAAAUGAAGGUUGAGAACGGACAAAAGGCAUAAAUGAGGCGCUGUUGUAGUAGACUUCUGAUGACAGUUCAUCUUGAUGCUGUACGGUCUUGCAGGAAUAGUUGUCAUAACACCACAUCUGUUUUAAUUUAGAAUUGUUUAACAAACGUCAAACCAGGAGUUGGCAUUAUUGGUACGGUUGAAGGGGAAGGGGGAGAAGAAUACCCCACUUCAUGGCAAAACGUUUGCGGGUUAUUUUCAGAGGUUCUCGAGGAAUAUUUUCGCUCUAUGAUGAGAAUUCGAGAGAAUAUAACCAGACCCUUCAGAGAAACAUCGGUCGAUAUCGUUCCUCAGUACACGACUGUGAAGUAUUACUUUCCCCAUGGGUGAGUUGUAAGCCGGCGUUUGAUGAUGACAGGAAUUUCCACUGACAACAACGUCCAAAUAAAUCACGCCAAUACACUAUGGAUGUCCUUUCUCAUCGUUUUCUGCGUACCUGUCCGAACGUUUACCUACAGCGUACUCCCAAACCACCGACGGCGACAAUCCGACCCCCUGUCCGGUGCACUCAAAAGUAUUCUGUCCAGAAAGUAUGGUUCUGGUCGUUCCCGGAUAAUCAGUCAGUUGUCAGACAAUAUGGCGCCAUGAAAUGUGAAUCUUAAUUUCCUCCAUCCCGAAAACGGUAUGACUGACUUACAUGCCCCCCAAAACAGGAUAUGAGAACGGGAACCUCCCGUAAUAGGGUCGGCUUUGAGCCAACGUCCAGUGAAAUGAGGGUUAGAAUUAAGGUAAGGGCCAGUGUUAACUGAAGAAUUAAGGCCUAGGGUAGUGUUAGGGUUAGAACACGGGAAUAUUUUGUCUUUCCCGGAAUUAUGGGCAGGGUGUUCCUACUACCAAGUUCUUUUAAGAGGGCCACAUAAGUCAGUUAUGCCAAGAAAACUUUCCACGCCACCUAGAUACUAAUUUGGUGCACAAUUAUACUGGUCUGAUGAGAAUUUACCGGAAAGACUGGCUUGCGGAAGGUCGCCAUUGACUUAGAAUUCUUUGCCUAAGAUAGUUUGGUUUUCAUAGAGGCCCAGAAAAACCCUCAGUUAAAAGCAAACAAACAGCAGUAAAUGCAUUAAUGUCAGACUGAGUUUCACACACCAGCACUUAGGUAUUAUUUCUGGCCUCGGGGUUCAUUCGACUUUUCCUGGGUCACAGCGGUGAGUAUGCAUUCCUGAAUCGAUGGGAUGCUUUAUACCGUCAAAAUAAUUCAGCCUUAAAAGAAAAGCUGAAAUCAGUAUUAAAAACGGUUCUUUGAGGAUAGGAUUCCCGUUUAUCAGGUGCUGCAAAUUUUUUUAAAUAGCCAUUUCUCUCCAAUGUAGCCGACCUUGCGUUGAGCUAUCUCCCGAUGACCACCUGUCAUCAUUCGCAAGUGUUGACCAACUUUGUGUUUGAGAUUUUGCCCUGUUGACUUCUUACGCCCACUUCUAGGCCCACGGAGGAAUUGUCGGCUUCCCUCGUGCGCAGCCCUAUACCAAGGACUCGCUGCUCUUCGAGAAGUGCGACAUUCUUGUGCCUGCUGCCAGUGAGCGCCAAAUUACCGUGGCAAAUGCCGAACGCAUCCAGGCUAAGCUGAUAGCUGAGGGUGCAAACGGACCCACAACACCUCCGGCUGACAAGGUGGGCUGCUUUAUCGAAGAUCCCUCCCCUCACUCCCUGCCUAUAUCGUCCCCAGUAGCCUUGCCUUAGUCUACUCUUAUUGCUAUUAGAUUUUGCGAGAAAAGAACAUACUUGUGGUGCCUGACCUGCUUGCCAAUGCCGGCGGUGUGACUGUCUCCUACUUCGAGUGGCUAAAGGACAUGAACCAUGUCAGCUAUGGUCGUCUGACCUUCAAGUAUGAGAAGGAUUCCAACUUCCUGCUACUUGGUGAGCCUCUUAUAUAUGGUCAUUGUAUGUCCUCACUUCACAGUAUGUCACUAUGCCUCCUAUAACGGGCCACACGGAGGUUGUGCUGGGCCAACACGGGGGCCAGAUCAGGGUCCGGCGUGUGUUAUUGAGGAUCCGCACGGGAUGAGGGUGUGGUAGCACGCCUAUGCCCAGGCUCCUGCCGCGUCAGCCAUCUGCACGCGAUCCCAUCUCUGGUCUUCUUUGUUCUGGCCUGACACCGGGCCCGUGAGGGUGGGGGAAGAGAGAUUGCGGUAGAUGCGGCGCAAGUCUGCCAUCGCUACAAACUAAUUCAUGCGCCAAUGACCGUCCUUUCGUCAACCCUGCUCGGAGACACACGGCGGAUAUUGUCGGAGACGACGGUCGAACUGUCGUAUGUCCUGUUGUGCCAACCAGUCUAGUGUGACAGUCCCAUUUUUCCCCUGGUUUCUUUUGUCUAACGACGUGUUGGUGUCACUAACCUGAAAAUUCACGCGUACAACUUGAUUCCUUUCCGAAAAAGCCUCGUCUUUUUUCACUACAUCUACUCGUAAUACGUGCAGAAUAUUUUUGGGCAGGAAUUCGCGGAGACAGGUGACGAGUUUCGAGAAACUGACCCUUCAUCAUCGCUGUCGCGAGCAUGGUGCCCCACCAAAGUGUCUGUGCUUCAAGUUGACGUAGCCGAAUAGACUGAAAGGUUAAUGGUGGGCGAAUACGGAUGGCUCGUUUAGAAUGUUGUUAUAUCUGGCGUUCACAAUCGUCUCCGCGAAAUUGCAGUAAAAAUGUCCGAUCUUAGAAAUGGCUGCAUUUCAGUCCUACCUGAAAACUUAUUGGAGAAUGUGCCGCAAAAAGUAAAUGCCAGCAUCAAAAAUGUGAGGUUGGGGAAGAGAGCUGAUCUCUGGGAUUAGGGCUAGGAUUUUAAGGCCCGGGUUAAGGUUACGAUCACGUUCGAGUUACCCCUAAGGGGUUAAGUGUUAAUAGUUAGGGUCAUCCGUUACAGGCAUGGCCAUGAUUGGCGUUAAGCUUGCAGCUAACUACCGUUUCCCCAUGGGGUUACAUAUCACACGGGCAGUGGCCAAAAGUCCCUCGCGGAUGUGUCAUGCAGCGGCAGGAUAUCGGCGAAACACGCGUGUAUGGGCUUUUGACUACUACCUUUGCUGUUGGUAUGCAAUCACCUUACCAUAAAGCAUACUACUAGCUGCCUAUCGGCAGUUAAUGAAUAGUACACGGUUAUACGCUGUGGCUGAUGGACUUUGACCCAAAUAUUCAUGCAUAACAUCUUUGGUUUCAGCCUAUAGACCUUAAAUAUACUGAUCUACUCUCAGUUCGCAGUUAAUUUCUGUGGAAAUUAAAAAAGCAACAGUAUUCUUGUUGUACUCGCUGAAAGAUGGGGUCAUUGUCAUCAUGGACAACAUUUAAUAUGAUAACAAGGCGAAUGAAAGCAGUACUAGAAAGACCCAUGUACCACUUGCUGAAGAACCGUCGAAAAUCAAGUCGCAGCCUUUGAGAAAAAAAGUUUAUGGGCUCGCUCCUUUCAAAGUCAUAAGUCCAGAUUACUCCAGGUCGAUGGUUCUCAGUGAUCCCCGUAUCGCACACGCGUAUGGUCUCCCGCAAGUGCAGAAAGCGGAUGUCUCAUUGGGAAUUAGAAUGCCAUUCAUCGGAUCAUUUGCUUGCAGUAUUGCUAAGUGGCUGCACAGGCGUCUAAGGUGCCUGACUCAAGUAUCUAAAUACAGCUUUAAAAACUCUCGCGCGUCCAUGUACAGGAUCCAAGACCUAAAAGUAAACCCUCAUGAAUGCAUCUUAUCUUUUGACGUUGCUGUCCUGUGUUCCUCAGUACCACACGAUUUCGCUAUUGGCUCAGCGCUUACAGAACAAACCUUCUGAGAUCCCAACGCAGCAUGUUUCGGAGCUGCUCAAACUCCGUCUUAGGAAGUACUGUCACUUCGGUAGUAUUUACUACCGGCUGGUUAAGAUAACCCCAAUGGUCUCGCCAAUAUGAGGAUUGCUCGCUGAGCUAGUCUUACAAGGAAUUGAAGAAGAGAUAAUUUAAACUCUCAAGCCAAAAUGUGGCUUCGCUAUGUAGGUGACACCUUUGUCGCCAUAAGGAACUGUGAGGUAGAACGGCUGCAGCUGCCGUUUGUGGGUGUAAGCCUGCAAAAGCUGAGCGACCGUAGCUUCCUGCCGUUAAUGCACCAGCGACGAUCUCCUUAGGCAGAACUAACUUACUGCAGCCGGAAGGCCCGCCCCUACAGUAGGCAAAUCGUAGCUCCCACUUUCUGUCCAACGUGUAGGGAACCGCCGAAGUGUUUACCUGGCGACCAAAUCGGUUUGUUACCUACAUUACCCACAAGCCACCAUAACUGCUCACAGCGUUAUCUCGAAUAAAGGAACUCGUCCCCGAAGAGCAACAAACACACGUAGUCUGCUGCACACCAUGCUCUAAUUGCUCCUGUGUGUAUGUUGGUCAUACGGGUCAACGCCUGGACACUCGUAUUAUUGGACAUAAACCAGUUGCCUUUAGAGAUGCCCCCUUCCGCCUCGUGUGUGCCCGUGCACACGACUGCGGCCACCGAUUCAAUUGGAAUGAGACUGGGGUCGCUACUAUUGCUAACACAAAACGAGUGAGAGAAUUUCUGGAAGCUUGCUACCCCAGUGCGAGUAUUAUUAAUCGCCACGUUUACCUAGACACCGAUUACGAGGGUUUGCGAUCACGGUUCAUUGACCCCCUGACCACAUCACACCUCAACGACCACUAAUCUAGCCACCCACAGCCCCAUUGAUCCACCACUCUCCCUCCCCCCUCUUCAACACGGGAGCUGCAACCGUUCUCCUUUCCCUCACCCUCUAUCAGGAACCACGACUCUAUGCCCAUCCUUCUCACACCUCAAUGACCUGUUUGCCCGGUCGCCCCAAGUGGUCUAGUAUGACAAUUUCAAUGUUAGGGGGCGCUCACCGAUCGUUCAUACGGAACUCACUCGUUCCGUUGUGCCUUAAGGGCUCUCUCUCGAGCCCAACCAGCAGCCGCGCAGCGGCGCAUGAUAUAUAGGCAGAAUGAUAUUACCGACAAAGACAAGGGAGACUGGAAUGGCCAUUUCUGGCUUAUUAGCCUUCGUCAGCCAGCCAUACCCAAGCCCGAAGUGUGGAACACCCGAGCCUCGAACUCGCGACCUGUUGGUUUAGAAGUCAACGCCUCUACUCACCGGGCCACGAGCCUGUUGCCCUGUCGGUUUUCGAUCCGUUCCGUAUGAACGAUCGGUGAGCGCCCCCUAACAUUGUAUAUUCCCGAUCGAAAACCGACAGGGCAACGGGCUCGUGGCCCGGUGAGUAGAGGCUCGGGUGUUCCACACUUCCGGCUUGGGUAUGGCUGGCUGACGAAGGCUAAUAAGCCAGAGAUGGCCAUUCCAGUCUCCCUUGUCUUUGUCGGUAAUAUCAUUCUGCCCAUUACAAUUUCACUUGUCCUGGUUUUCAUUUAGUCUGUCGACGGUUUAGUGUCAGUAGCUUGAAGUAUCAAGAGAACAAUUCAACCUAGGGUCCGCCAGUCAGCCGCACGGCAGCUACUAGUAUAAUUAGAAUAGGAUUGCCUGCUAAGAGAAGGGAGGCUGAGAUGGCCAUUUCCGGCUUAAUGGCCGUCAUCGGCCAGUCAUACUUAACUCCCGAUUUUGCGACCCCUGGGCCUGAACCCGCGGCCUGUUGAUUAGAAGUUCAACGAUCUGGUCAGCGGUUCGUUGUCAUGUCGGUUGCCAUCAGAUAUGUUAACGAUACCAGAGGGAUCCUUGUGGCAUGCGAGCCUGUUGGCUUUGGCAGCGACGACCCAUUUGGCCCCAUACAUUGCUGCCCCAGUCCUCAUCAUUCUCCAGACCGGCCGACCCUGGGCGAGAGCGAUCGAGGACGUCCAGGGUGGUGGAGUGGAUGACAUUCCGCAGCUGUCGCCUCUGUGUUUCCACGGUGGCCUUGUCGUCCGGAGUCUGCAGCUCUUACAAGAAUUGGGCCAGUUAAUUGCUGAAAUCGAAACUGUGUGCAGACACAUGCGACAGAACAGUAUGUAACGUAUCUUCUGGUAUCCUACAAGAUCGCAGUCAGGGCCUCACACUGGUCAUUAUGCGGUUGUUAACGCCUUGCGGCAGAUGAGGCAGUCCUCCGACGAUGUCUUUCCGGGUGGCGAAGGCGACACCGGCGUCACGUCGCUGUGCUUUUACCUCCAGAAGAAGCUGUAAUCGGCACCACCUCCAGCUGACCCCGUUCAGAGAAUCGGGUCUCACUGAGUCCAGCUAUGCCCAUCCUGUGGCAUGCCGGUUCUCAAGUGAAUGACGCCGUUUUCCUUGUCGGCCGGUUACUACAUGGAUUGUUUACAAGAAAACGAAUAUCCCAGGUUGCCAGAAUGAGCACUCGCCAUAACAACCUGGUGGACGACGGUUGUUGCUGUUAUUGCCGUUGUUCGCCUCGUUGUUUCGAUCAUGAGUUUUGCAUCUAUGACCCACUGUCAGUUUUCAUCUGAUGUGAUUCUCCAACAUUUGGUUAGAACACCUUUUCUAGCCCCUUCCUCGCGAGGGAGUAAGCGGUGUUCCCCCAAAAAGGGUUACUUAGACAUCCCAGGAGGAUGCCGAACUCCAUUAUGGGGCAUGGUUUAUUUGAGAGCGACCCGAGUUAGCCCCGACCGCCUAUAGGACUGCAUAUCGCCUUGUAGAACCUUUUCAAUGGUGGGAGGAGGGAUGUGAACGGGAACGGAGUUACCCUCUGUGAGACUCACACAGCACUGGAUCCCCUUAUCUGAUUUAGCUCGCAGGCCGAAGCGGUUACCGAGGCGUGGCCGCCAAGCAGAGCUUAGCUUUGGGGAGCUAUAGAUGAGAGCUGGACGCCAGGUGUGAACCGUCGGUAGCAUUCGCUUUCAGUAUGACACGACCUACCAUUCAUGCACGAGUGCCCUUCGCUAAACACUCCCUACGCCUCUGCACUAUGACGACCGUUUGAGAGAUACGGGAGAAUAAGCCUACCAAAACCACUUCACUGAUUAAGUCCUGGUUCACAACCUCCUCUCCUCCCACUGUCCCACACAUCGGCAGUGGACGGUUCUAUGCUGUGGGGCUAAGUUUAGCACAAGCGAUGCUCGGCCAACAGACUUCAUUGCAACGCUCAAAUCACCACUUUAGGUGUGUGAGGUAGGCGAGGAGCGCAGAAAUGUCAGGAAGAGGGGAGUGUCGAAUUUACGCUUCCAACGAAAACUCCGGAUGGCGCUUUCCGAAGCAGAAGAUCGAGAACUUCGGAAAAUACGACAGUUGAAGAAUACCGUCCCCCUGCCCACACCGACAAGGGAUGCUCGGCGAUCGAUCGUGCACAAAACCGUGAAAUCAAAGAUGGUCAAGGAGUCUUAUGCACCCACGGAUACCAGCCAGCCCCAAAAAACUGUAAACUACAUAAAGGGACGAUAUGCAAGUUGGAGAAAGCUGGGGCUCUUGCGUGAAAGGGUGCACUGCUCGCAACUAUCAUGGAUGCCGCGAUGGCGUGCAAAGGUUCAUGAUUCAGGAAUAUCCUACGCCCCAUCGUCUCCUUACGUGGCUGCCCAAAAUUUAGCCCCUGUCACCAGCCACUUUGUUUGCCCAGUAGGGUUUUGGGGCGGACAGAAAGGUCGACUGAAAUGAUCUUGACUUCUGAAAUAGGACAGAUUGGGCGUUUGUGUCGUUUGACGUGAUUUCGUCAUCCAAUUCAAUCACAUCCUCUCUCCAAGAACAAAAUGAGGAGGUUGACUAACAGCUCGAUCGAGCGCAUGUCAUCCAGCUCCCGGAAGUAUAUUUUAAGACUUUUAUCACGUUCGACAGCCAGGUUAAAGAGCAAAAUAUGGGUACACGGAUAGGCUCGCCCCUUUGUGUAUUAACUGCUUAAGUGACUCUGUAGAGGCUCGAGCGACUGGUCUUCAUCUUUAAAUCCCAAACAUUCUAGGUCAGGUACGUCGAUGAUACACUGACAGUUAUCCAAAAGAAUAACGUAAGGCUUUCAAAUCACUGUUAGACCACGUCUUUUCCGAUGUAUAGUUUAAUACGACAGAGGUCAACAAUCAGUUGUAAUUUUUACAUGUGAAGUAGCAAAAUUGGCAGACGCUAAGUCAUGGCCAACGGUCUACUGUAAGAUAGUUAGCAUUUGACGCAUCCUCUAUUUAAAAAACAAUCACCCCGUUGGCUACAAGCGCAACUGUGUCAGAACCCUUUCAUGGCGGGUUAAAACACUAUAACGACGACAAUGGAAGACAGAGGGAAGUGGAAUGUCUGUACUGUUUAUUCGGAGCUCAUGUUUACCCAGCGUUCCUCAUACGCGGGUGUCCUGUUAAGGGGGUCAUAUAAGUCAGUCCUACCUCUGACUUAUCAUGCAUGUAUGAAGGUAUGGACAGAAAUUGUCCGGAGAGUUUUCCCAACUUCUCUCACAUUUGGUGGAUGAGGUCGUAACUCAAGAGGAGUUUGUGUAUUUGGUUGAAACGAGGAACGAACCCUCAUCCUGCCCUCGGCAGAAGACUCUUAAGGUCGAACUUUGGACUUUUCACGCAGCCUACCGUAGUUAUUCCCCAAGGAGUGGAGGGUGGAGUUGUCCACCCGUCACGAUUUCCUCUUACCAAGCUACCAAAUUAUAGACUUUACCACGACCCUGGCAGUAAACAGCGCCCGUGGCUGUUGUGGUUUAUAACAAUGCUAUCGUAAAAUCCACGCCCUUCUACUCAUUCUUCAUUACCACUGGCAAUCCUUCACCUUUCAGACAGCGUCGGAAAGUCCUUAGAAAGGAAACUCGGCAGCCCAGUUUCAGUGACCCCAACUGAGAAAUUUAGUCUGCGAAUUGCCGUGAGUUUCGCCUUCGACCCAUUCUAUCCAUCUAACUGAUCACUCAUCGUCUCCCCUAUUUUCGAAUGCGUUUUUUCGACUUUCUGUGUCUUAGGGUGCCUCUGAACGCGACAUUGUCCACUCUGGCCUGGAAUACACUAUGGAAAGAGCAUCUAGGGUAAGCACUGCCUUCCGAUUGUUAUCUGCUUACCUUUACUUUGUUAGAACCUUCGUAUUGUGAACGUUUAUUGAGGCAUCCUUAUGGCCAAAUGAUAGGGAUAUCUCUAUUCUCGCAAGUCGCCUCAGUGGCUAUCUUCCAACAUCUAGCUUGUUGACAACAAUCCUAGUUUUUUCUGUAUGACAAAAAAUCGAUGUCUCAACUAUAAUCUAAUAACUUUUUACCCUGGGCAUAUGCGUUCGAUGGCACGGCGCCUAGAUAAAAUAGUGAUUACUGGCAAACAUUCCAGUUUCAAAGCUGUUCUACAGCUUCACAAACACUCCCGUUGGGUUUCUCGGCGGACAACGGUUAAUUUUCAUACCAAAUAAUAGACUAUACCUUAUGUACUGAUAUCCGCAGAUUCUUCUGCAUGCAUACUACACGCGCUAGUGCGAAAGAUUUCUUGCCGGUUCCAGCCCUGCGCAUUAUGUUACCUCUUAUUUCAGAAUACUAUGAACAUUGCGGAGCGCUACAACCUCGGCCUUGACUUCCGAACGGCUGCCUACAUCAGUGCCAUCGAGAAGGUCUUCUUUGUCAUUCACGGUUCAGGGCUGAUUUUUAGUUGA